GGAGAAUCAAUUUCAUCAAACUAAAAUGCUAACCAGCUCAUUAUAAACCCUUUAUAGCUUUCAAAUUUUUCUUCUUGCCUUUUAAGUUUUAUGAUCAACUUUUCUUUACCUUGCUCAUUCAUGCACACCCUUUUGGAUUUUCAAACAUCUGUGACUUUAUCUCUGUGAUCUUGGUUUCUCACUGUCUCACUUCAAUUGAUUUCAUGACAGUGAAGUACUUCUGUAUGGUGAUGAGGAUCAAUAUUGAUUGCAAUGGUUGUUACAGAAAAGUGAAGAGAGCCCUUCUUGACAUGUCAGAGUUGGAGAGCCAUUUCCUAGAGAAGAACCAGACCAGGGUAAUUGUGUGUGGCAGGUUUAUCCCACAGGAUGUUGCAAUCAAGAUAAAGAAAAAGACUAAUCGUAGAGUUGAGAUCUUGGAGAUACAGGACUUGAGCGAAGAUAACAAUUCUGAAAUGGAAGAAGAAGAACAAGACCAGAAACCAAUGAAUAAUAAUUGGACUCUUCUAGCCACCAGGAAUCAAAUGGGAACGUGUCUUGUUUGAUAGAAAAACUGCCACAACCUCAAAUUGUGGUAUGUGAAUUGCACAUUUUGAUGUAUUAUUCAAAGAAUUAUAACUUCUCUAACUGAUUAUUGCAAUAAAUCUCAUAAUUUAAGUGUUCA